GUUCUAUUCUCUCUGGGUUUUCGCCUUUUUGAUUUUUCGUGGUCAGACGAGAGGCUUUGUCAACUUCUGGCCAACUCCACGAAGCUGAAGCUCUGUCCACGCUCGUGGUGAUUCAGCACCUAAUGUAUAUUUUUGAAUUGAGAGCACCAUUAUGCUGGCACUAUUUGAGAAAAUAAGCCACUUAGAAGAAGACGUAGCUGAUGAAGAUCGCACCAAUCUUUGAUCUCACUAUCCGGUUGGCCUACACAACACCUACAUGGGCAAGUCUAAGUUGUGGCGUCUUUGUACUCAUCACUCUUACGCUUUCAAUCUAUCUUCUCUUUGAGCACCUUUCAGCAUACAAGAAUCCUGAGGAACAAAAGUUUUUAAUUGGUGUCAUCCUCAUGGUUCCAUGCUAUGCAGUAGAAUCAUUAGUGUCAUUGGUGAACCCAUCAAUCAGCGUUGAUUGCGCAAUUUUACGGGAUUGUUACGAAUCUUUUGCCAUGUAUUGCUUUGGAAGAUACCUGGUGGCAUGUUUAGGCGGGGAAGAAAGGACAAUCGAGUUUAUGGAAAGACAAGGACGAGCAAGUUAUAAGACUCCUCUGUUAGUUGACAUCUCUGGAGAGGGAACUGUCACACAUCCUUUUCCAAUGAACUUAAUCUUAAAACCUUGGAAACUUGGUCAAGGGUUUUACCAACUUGUCAAAUUCGGAAUCGUUCAGUAUAUGAUUACCAAGUCUCUCAGUGCCAUUUUAGCAGUUAUCCUUGAAGCUUUUGGGAUAUACUGUGAUGGAGAAUUUAAGUGGGGAUGUGGGUAUCCUUAUAUUGCAGUGGUUCUAAAUUUUAGUCAAUCAUGGGCUUUGUACUGUCUAGUUCAGUUUUACACUGUUACAAAAGAUGAACUAGCUCAUAUAAAGCCAUUAUACAAGUUUCUGACUUUUAAGUCAAUUGUGUUCUUGACGUGGUGGCAAGGUGUGGCAAUUGCUCUUCUGUAUGCUCUUGGUUUGUUCAAAAGUCCUAUAGCUCAAGGCUUACAGUUUAAGUCAAGUGUCCAAGACUUCAUCAUUUGUAUCGAGAUGGGCAUUGCUUCAGUUGUUCACCUGUAUGUUUUCCCUGCAAAGCCUUAUGAACUGAUGGGAGAUCGCUUCCCUGGGAGUGUCUCAGUACUUGGAGACUAUGUAUCAGCUGACUGUCCUUUGGAUCCCGAUGAAGUAAGGGACAGUGAACGUCCGACAAAGCUACGCCUUCCCACUCCUGACAUUGAUGUUAGGAGCGGAAUGACCAUAAGAGAAAGUGUUCGGGAUGUUUUUAUCGGUGGUGGGGGAUAUAUUGUUAGCGAUGUGAAGUUUACAGUUACGCAGGCAGUUGAGCCUGUAGAGAAGGGGUUCACAAGGUUCAAUGAGAAGCUACACAAGAUCUCUCAAAACAUUAAGAAACAUGACAAGGAGAAAAGGAAAACAAAGGAUGACAGUUGUAUUUCCACAUCGUCACCUGUAGGGAAGGUCAUUCGUGGGAUAGAUGACCCUCUCUUGAAUGGAAGUAUGAGUGAUAGUGGUGUAUCAAGGGUAAAGAAGCAUCCCCGAAAAUCAGGUUAUACAAGUGCAGAAAGCGGUGGAGAGAGCAGCAGUGACCAAAGUUAUGGUGGAUAUCAGGUCAGGGGCCGUAGAUGGGUCACGAAAGAUUGACGGGAAGAGAUGAUCCCAGUUUUUUCAUCAAGAUUGGGAGAGGAAAGAUGUCUGCCCUUUGUCCUGUGAGAAAUUUUGGGGUUAUUUUUGCUGGAGGGUUAAAAUUUGUAAAUGUCUACGCAGAGAAAACAUUUUAUUUAGGUUGAUGUAAUUUAUACAGUAACCGAAAAAUGAUGUAACACCAUAUAUAUAUGAAGUUUAGAAGUUUACAUGAA